CAUGUUUGUUACAUGUAUAUCCCUGUUAAUCAUCAGGUCGGACCUCAAAGACCUCGUGAAGAGGCCGGUACGACCUGUAAAUAAACUCUGAUUUAAAAAAUAAAUAAAUAUCCCUGUUAAUUGUCAGUGUGUAGCUAUGUAAUCCUUACGUUCGCACGGUCUGUUCUAACGUAAGUAUGCCCGUGCUUAGUUCUGAUAUCCUGUUUUAACGUCGCUGAAUUAAAAAAUAAAUGAGUGUUAUACCAUUGGUUAUUGUGUAUGGGACAAUACUGAUAUCGCCCUCACACCGUUUAAACGACCAAUGCAAUGACAAAAAGUUCCAAUUGUGAAAUAAUUGCUUUCUCUUAUCUGUUUAAUUGUUUGCUGUAAUCAAUUACCGAGUUCCAUAUUAAGCAUGUUAUUGUUAAAAAAACCUCGGGUAUUAAGUCCAGAUAGUGUUAUCGCAGAAUCUGCUUUUCAAAAAGCAGUUAGGUCAACCUGAUUAUUGAUUCCGACAUUUGAAUUGUAUUUCAUAUGGGUAUUAAAAUUACAAGUUAAGAGGAUCAAAUUUUCCAAAAUAUCGUAGCGUGCCAAAAGAUUAAAAUCUAGGUGGGUUGAAUACACAAUUUAAAACUUGUGAAGGCCAUUAGCGACAGUUUAUCUUGUCAAAUAAUUGUUUUCAUACCGCCAAAGAGGACCGAUAAGUAUGUUAUUUUAUGAAUUCAGGGAACUACUAUAUAUAGUUCUGUUUGAAGUUAUACUUUAAAUCUAGAUCGAUGAGCAAAUGUGUUGCUUGUGAAGCAUUUUUGGAUUGUAAUUCGGACGUGAUUAAAUUGGAUUAACAUAAUUUGAUUGAUUUUAAUAUUCAACAAAUCGAGCGAUGUAACGCACUCAUCGACGAUUUCCAACAGAGGAGCGACCAGCGUCCGUACAGUACAGUAAACCUGCUUACAAGCGUCCACACACCGACGUCACCAUUACGACCAUAGAGACGCCGGAACAUCUCAGGCCGUACAAGCCUCGGCUCUCAGAUGAACAGUUCACAUCACUCCUCAAGGCUUACCGGCGGGCGUACGAAGGUCACGUGGGCAAGGGACUACACGGGGCGCGCCCGGUCCUCUCCACGCUCGAGCAGUCGCCGACCUCCCAACUGAGCAGUCCCCUGGCGCUGAUCCAGCCCCGGCACAAGAACAGGACCUCCUACGUCCAGAGAUGGAAGGUGCUGAGGGACCGCAACAAGAACCUCCCAAAGCUGGACUUCAACGCGCAUGCGUCCGGUGUGCCAAAGAAGUUGCCUGGUGUGGGGGACUACACGCGCUCGCUGACAUACGAGUCCAUGAAGCUGCCUUCAAUCACCACCUCCAGCGUCGUCACCGGCAUUUCCGGUAAAUCCGUGUAUUCGGACGGCUACCGACAUAAGGACAGCUGGGAUAAGAAGAGCUCACUCCUGGUAUCGCUACACUAUGAACGGUGGAGGUAUAACCAACUUCCGUUCCCGAAGGACGUGCCCAGCGAUUCCUACCCUGACCUGAGCCAACGCGAUAUGCACGAGCUGGCGGCGAUGGUGUCCAAACGUCAGCCUAACCAACACAGGGAGAAAACAACAGUCGUCGAAGAGACAAAAAAUACCAACGCAACCAACAUACAUAGAUUAAACCCUAGCCAUCGGUACGAGAAUAUCACGUACAAGAAGCAGCUACUCCGGCGCCGGCGGGACAAGACGUCGGAGGCAGACAGGCUGAAAGCGCAAGAGAAGGCAAUGCUCGCCGAGGCGGAGGAUCAGUUGAAACAGAGGGUGCAACAUGAGCUCGCUAACGCCGCGAAGAAGCAACCGAACGAGGCGAAGAUUGUCGCGUCUGAGAAACAUGAUUCUGGCUUCGAUGGAAGUGGCAGAAAAGAAGACGAGCGUGCUCCCGUUUCCAGCAACUAUUCCCCAUCCACCACUAACCUAACGAGGGAAUCCGACACGGUCACAUGCACACCUGAUGACGUCACAAUGUUGUCGCCACUAACUCUGUCCAAGUCGCCUAACUCUAAAGCUGCCACUACUAACUCUACUAACUACACUGAAUUAAGGGAUCUAGCAGAGACAAUAUAGAACACCCGGGUACUCGCCGUAAUACAACUAUAACGCUCGUGAAUUCUUUGUCUCGGCAAGAUUUGUUUCGCUUUUAUUAACGCUCGCGACAAUCAAUUACACAUGAGCACUUUAUUCACGCUCUUUUUUUAUUUAAAUAUUUUUUCGGCACACUAAUAUGUAUCGUGUUUUUA